AUGGCCAACGCCCCCCACGGUGGUGUCCUCAAGGACCUUCUCGCUCGCGAUGCUCCCCGUCACGCCGAGCUCGCCGCCGAGGCCGAGACUCUCCCCGCUGUGACGCUGACCGAGCGCCAGCUGUGCGAUCUCGAGCUGAUCAUGAACGGAGGUUUCUCUCCUCUGGAGGGUUUCAUGAACCAGGCAGACUACGACCGUGUCUGUGAGGACAACCGCCUUGCCGAUGGCAAUGUUUUCUCUAUGCCCAUUACCCUUGACGCUAGCAAAAAGGUUAUCGAAGAGAACAAGCUCCAAGCCGGUACUCGCAUCACUCUGCGUGACUUCCGUGACGACCGUAACUUGGCUAUUCUCACCAUUGAUGACAUUUACCGCCCCGACAAGACUAGAGAGGCUAAGCUUGUCUUCGGCGGUGACCCAGAGCACCCGGCUAUCGUGUAUUUGAACAACUCCGUCGAGGAGUUCUACAUUGGUGGAAAGAUCGAGGCUGUCAACAAGCUGAACCACUACGACUAUGUCGCCCUCCGCUACACCCCCGCAGAGUUGCGCGUCCACUUCGACAAACUGGGCUGGUCCCGCGUCGUCGCUUUCCAGACCCGUAACCCCAUGCACCGUGCUCACCGUGAGCUGACUGUCCGCGCGGCUCGUUCCCGCCAGGCCAAUGUCCUGAUUCACCCUGUUGUCGGUCUGACCAAGCCCGGUGACAUUGACCACUUCACCCGUGUCCGCGCAUACGAGGCGCUCCUUCCCCGUUACCCCAACGGCAUGGCCGUCCUGGGUCUCCUCGGUCUGGCCAUGCGUAUGGGUGGUCCCCGUGAGGCCAUCUGGCACGCCAUCAUCCGCAAGAACCAUGGUGCUACCCACUUCAUUGUUGGUCGUGACCACGCCGGUCCUGGUUCCAACUCCAAGGGCGAGGAUUUCUACGGUCCCUACGAUGCUCAACACGCCGUCGAGAAGUACAAGGAUGAGCUCGGCAUCGAGGUUGUCGAAUUCCAGAUGGUCACCUACCUCCCCGAUACCGACGAGUACCGCCCCGUUGACCAGGUCCCCGCUGGCGUCAAGACCCUCAACAUCUCCGGUACCGAGCUCCGCCGUCGUCUGCGCUCCGGUGCCCAUAUUCCCGAGUGGUUCUCUUACCCCGAGGUUGUCAAAAUUCUGCGCGAGUCCAACCCACCUCGCGCCACCCAGGGUUUCACCAUCUUCCUGACUGGCUACAUGAACUCCGGCAAGGACGCUAUCGCCCGUGCUUUGCAGGUUACCCUGAACCAGCAGGGUGGUCGUUCCGUCUCCCUGUUGCUGGGUGACACCGUCCGCCACGAGCUCUCCUCCGAGCUGGGCUUCACCCGCGAGGACCGCCACACCAACAUCCAGCGCAUUGCCUUCGUGGCCACCGAGCUGACCCGUGCCGGUGCCGCUGUCAUCGCCUCCCCCAUUGCUCCUUACGAGGAGUCCCGCAAGUUCGCGCGCGACGCCGUCUCCCAGGCUGGCUCCUUCUUCUUGGUGCACGUCGCCACUCCCCUCGAGUACUGCGAGAAGUCCGACAAGCGCGGCAUCUACGAUGCUGCCCGUCGUGGUGAAAUCAAGGGCUUCACUGGUGUUGAUGACCCUUAUGAGACUCCCGACAAGGCUGAUCUCGUUGUCGACUUCUCCAAGCAGAGUGUGCGCAGCAUCGUGCACGAGAUCAUUCUGAUCUUGGAGAGCCAGGGCUUCCUGGAGCGUAUUUAA